GAUUGCCUUACAGGAAUUCCGUAGUUACAUGUACAUCCUCAUAUCUCGGCUCUUCAACAGCGAUAUCUGAAUUUAUUGUGAAAAACGGGCUUCAACAAACACGUACAAUGCUAAGCCGGACUUGCUCCAUCUUGUCGUUGUUGCUUUGCUUGUGUUUGCAGCCAGCAAGAACAUCGUUCGCACCUCAUGCAGUAACGUCCUGCCCGGACGACUGGACGGCUUUCCAGGGUUCCUGCUACUAUUUCCAUCACACGGAGCAAUCCUUCACCGAGGCACAGCACGCAUGUCUCCAACUGGAAUCCAACCUGAUUCAUAUUGACUCAGAAGAGGAAAACCUGUUUAUCAAAAACUUCCUCCGCUACCAAACGCCAGUAAAGUACUGGUGGAUGGGUCUCUCUGAUGACGACAUCGAGGGCCUCUGGAAGUGGGUGGGGUCAGGUGACAGGCCUACAUACACAGACUGGUAUCCCGGCGAGCCUAACAACGCUAAAAACGAAGACUGUGCUAUAUUUGAUGGGGUCAACAAUCGCAAUUUCAUGUGGGUUGACUACGGUUGUGGCUUCCUCUGCUACUCCAUUUGUGAGAUCCGAAGCGAAACCAGCGGAUCCAUAGUCGUUGGAUAGAAAAGAGAAACACCGCAGCAGACAUGCACUUAAAAUGUCUUGUUUGUAUUUCAAAAAGUCAUAAGUGUCAGUGUUAAUGUAUGUUAUGUAUUGAAAACGGACUAUUUAAAAUAAGAGAAUAAAAGUUACUGUCUCCAUUUCCAACAA